AUGGAGGACCGCCUGCAGCGCCUCGAGGCGCAAGCGCCGAACGAGCAGCCAGAGGACCUGAACAUGUCGGGGUCGCGGUUCUACAAGCGCACCGCGCUCCCCUCUGGGCGCUCGAAGUCCAAAGGCAUGAUGAGCAUGUUCUCGUCUGGGCUUGGGAAGGGAACAGGCAUCGGUCUGGCGGGCACCGUGCCUCCUGCCAGCACAAUGAAAGCGGCCGCCGGCGCGAGCGGGCACAAGAAGCCGCGGCUCGCGCCCCUGGGCUCCAGCCUCACCGGCAAGGCGCCUCCGCCCGUGGUCACCGCGGCCGUCGAGCUCGACGCAGCGGCCCAGAGGGGCGACAGAGGCUCGUCGCACCACCCGAGCAUCUCGGCGCACUCGCGCCUGGAUCCCAUUUCCACAGACGGCCUGCCCGCGAGCAAGCACGGCCUCGUGCCGUCCCCAGGCGCCUUCAUGCGCGGGCCGCCCGUGGCACCGCAGCCGAACCUCGCGACGGCCUCGCUGCACAAGAAGGCUACGCUAGAGCUUCCCCCGGUCGACCAGGCCCGGCGACCCCAGGGGAUCAUGGGUACGCCGAAGCCGGGGGAGCGCAAGGAGCGCCCCGCCAGCCGUGGGGCCCGGGGGGCGCUGGCGCCUGGGCGCGCGACGCACGCGGGCCACACGAGGUCGCUCGACGACGCGCAGGUGGCGAAGCGAGGCUACGAGUCCGUCCUCGAGGGCCCGGCCGAGCCCCAGGAGUCGCAAUACACCUCCAACCGCAGCGGCACGGAAUUCCACACAAGCCUCCCCGUGGCCCCGGACGGCGCCAUCGACGAGGAGGAGCUCAUCCGCCUGCACGAGAUGCACGCCGGGGCCGGCGCGCCCCUGCAGCCGGCGAAGUCCGGGCUCUCCAGGCGCCAGAGCAAGCGCGGCGAGGAGCUGGGCGACCCGGAGGCGGCCCGCUGCGUCGACGCUGAGGACGUGGUCUCGUACUACCUGCGCCACGGCAAGCAGGCGGGCUGCAAGCUGUUCUACCUGAACCCGUCGAGCUUCCCCGCGGACCCGCGGUGGGACCCGUACGCGAUGGAGUGCGUCGUGCAGCGCGAGGCGGCGCCCGAGCACUACACGAUCAGCGCGUCGGGCGUCGUGCACGUCGUUCCGGGCGGCGAGGCGACGUUCCAGGACCUGGGGAGCUUCAUUCGCGAGAGCAAGACCUUCAACUUGAUCAGCAGCAUCCCGUUCUUCCGAAACUAUCUGGUCGCGAAGUUCUUCCGAUUCUGGCGGCUCCAGGUCCGGAACGUCAUCUUCAAGCGCAUGCGCAGCAAGAUCGCGUCGCGGCUGUUCAUCGCGAAGCCGGCGUUCCUGCGGCCCAUCGCGCUCGCGGCCAAGACGCGCACCGUCAUUGCUGAUGCCAACCUCCUCGCGGGCGCCCCCGACGGCGGCGAGCUCACGCACCGCCUGUGGCGCGUCCCCGAGUUCCUCGACGAGAACGACGCGCACCGCCGCAUGGUCCUCGAGUCGUUCAAGGACGAAGUCGAGGAGCUGGGGAGCACGCUGCUGAAGACGUGCCAGGAGGUGUCCGAGGAGGAGACGCACGCGCGGGAGCAGGUCGAGAUCGACACGCACAGCCUGCGCGGCCCGGCCGCCGCGCGGGUGUCGAUUUCGCUGCAGAAGCAGCAGAAGCAGGAGCGCCUGAAGACGUACCACCGGCUGCGCGAGGAGGUCGAGCUGCUGCCGAGCCUGGUGCGCAUGGUGGACUACAUGAUCGCGGCCGCGGGCGUGGAGUGCGCGGCGAACAACGCCGCGGGCCUGGUCACGAUGCUGGAGUCGUUCGAGUGGAAGCCGCCCUCGAUCUACAAGGGCACGUUCGACACGAUCGUGGGCUUCACGGAGCGCGGGGUGACCUUCAGCCCGGACCGCUACGAGUGCGCGGAGGCCAUGGCGGAGAUAUCGGACGGGUUCGUGCAGGUCGCGGGGCUCAUUCCGCGCCCUUUGUUUAUGAAGUAUCUGUCGCCGUUCUUCCCCGAGAGCUACCAGCGGCGGUCGAUCGACGCGCCGGACAUCCUCGGGCAGGCGGUGGCGUUCCAGGAGGACAGCGCGACGGCGGUGGCGCUCGUGAACCAGUCGUUCGACGAGGCCGCGGAGUACGUGAGUUUCCUAGACUCGAAAAUGGACAUGUACCGGUUCGUGACGCAGCACAGGGACAAGUCGCGGCUGCUGCAGACGUACACGGAGCCCCAGGACCUGGUGGAGAUCAUGGUCAAGCUCAAGCAGUGGCUCCGCGGCACCGAGCAGAUCCGGAACUGCCAGGUGCAGGGCGUCCUGUCGGUGGACCUGCGACAGGUCAAGGCCUUCCUGUUCGACCACGCGACGGAGAUCUACGCCACCGCGCGGGACGGCCUGCUCGAGCUCGCGCGCUCGCGCACCGCCACCGCCAUCAAGGAGGUCCAGGGCGCCAUCAAGGACCUCGGAAGGCGGCCCGAGCGGCUGGAGGACUUCGUGGCGUUCUGCACGGCGGUCGAGGGGUACGACAGCGUGAUCCCCAAGCUCCUGGAGCAGGUGCAGCGGACGGACCACGUGUACGAGAUGCUGGCGGCGACGGACUUCAAGCCCGACAUCAAGAAGGACAGCCUGCCGCUCGAGACGCUGCACGAGGCGCGCGGCGAGCUCGAGGAGUCCCUCGAGGCCGCGAACGACUUCAUCGACAAGAACCGCACGCGCAUCGUGCAGCUCGUCGAGCGCGGGCUGUCGGAGGUCGACACCGAGCUCCUGGACGUGGUCACCGAGCUCAACCGCGGGCGGUACGCGGACCCGGACGCGGACCCGGAGGCGCUGCUGGAGACGCUCGAGGACCUGGACGUGACCCUGUCGGCGCUGGCGGAGAAGACGGCGACGCUCAACGGCUACCAGCGCGUUCUCGGGCUGCACGUGUCGGCCAACACCAACCUCGAGCAGGCGCUGCGCGACCUGGCGAUGCGGAACCGCACGUGGGUCGGGAUGUACAAGCUCCGCGCGAUGAUGACGCAGUGGUCGCACGUGGAGAUCCCGGAGCUCGACAUGGAGAGCAUGUCGGUGGUGCUGGAGGAGCUCAUCCACGAGUCGUACAAGCUGUCGAAAAUGCACCGCGACGACCCCGUCGCGCUGCGGCUCGCGGAGGAGGUCGACCGCUUCAAGGUGUUCCAGCCCCUGCUGGAGAUGGUGGCGUCGCCGGCGCUGCAGGACCGGCACUGGAAGGAGAUUUUCGAGAUUCUCGGGCAGGAGCAGACGGGGGCGGGCGCGGCGGGGUUCACGUUCGCGGACCUCGUCGCGGCGGGGCUGCAGGACAAGCAGGAGGAGUGCGAGUCCAUCGUGUCGCUGGCGACCAAGGAAUACAGUGUGCGGCUGAUCCUGGACCGCAUGAUCGAGGAGCUCGGCGCGCUCGAGCUGCACUGCACCCCGUACAAGGACUCCCCGGACCUGCACGUCAUCGGCCAGGUCGACGACAUCCAGCUGGUGCUCGAGGAGCAGGUGAUGAAGGUGCAGAGCAUCAUCGCGUCGCCGUUCAGCGCGGCCUUCAAGGAGGAGGCCCACAAGUGGGAGCAGCUCGUCCUGCGGCUCGAGCUGCUCCUGGAGGAGUGGGUCAAGUGCCAGCAGCAGUGGAUGUACCUGGAGCCCAUCUUCACGAGCGACGACAUCGCGGCGCAGAUGCCCGAGGACCUGCAGAAGUUCCUGCAGGUGCACCAGACGCAGCAGGAGAUCAUGGCCAACGUCGUCGACGACCCCGCGCUGACCUCGGUCGGCGAGCACCCGGAGUACCUCGACACGUUCCAGCACAACAACGUGCUGCUCGAGGACGUGAACAAGGCGCUCGCGGCGUACCUCGACUCGAAGCGGCUGGCGUUCCCGCGUUUCUUCUUCCUCUCGAACGACGAGAUGCUCGAGAUCCUGUCCGAGACGCGCGACCCGACGCGCGUGCAGCCGCACCUGAAGAAGUGCUUCGAGGGCAUUCAGACGCUCGACUUCGAGGGGCGCAACAGGGACAAGGUGGUCACGGCGAUGAACAGCGCCGCGGGCGAGCGCGUGCCGUUCCGCUCGCGCGUGUACACGAAGGACGCGAAGGGCCGCGUGGAGCGGUGGCUGCUCGGGGUGGAGCACGCGAUGAUCGACGCCGUGAUCGAGGAGCACGGGGCCGCCGUGGAGGCGUACCGUUCCAAGGCGCGGUCGGACUGGGUGGUGUCGCACCCGGGGAUGUGCGUGCUGUCGGUCUCGGGGGUGUUCUGGACGCGCGGCGCGGAGACGGCGAUCCUGGAGGGGAGUCUCCCCGGGUACUACACCGAGUGCCACAAGCAGCUGAUGGAGCUGGUCCACAAGGUCCGUGGGGACCUCACCGCGCUCGAGCGCAUCACGAUCGGCGCGCUCGUCGUCCACGACGUCCACGCGCGCGACGUGGUGCAGCUCCUGCAGCGCGAGCGCGUGGCGGCGCUGUCCGAGUUCACGUGGCAGGCGCAGCUCCGGUCCUACUGGGAGGAGGUCGCCGAGGGGAACACGACCGCGGUCGGGCACCGCGCGGGGCGGCAGCAGGUCGAGACGGGCCCGAUCAAGGUGUCGGCGCUGUCGCGCGGCACCAAGCUGGACGACAACGAGCAGAAGCAGACGAUCAACCUGGUUGCGGGGUCCGGCGGGGGUCGCGGGAAGUCUGCGCGCCGCGUCGACGACGGCGAGGGCCCGGAGAUGACGAUGGUGCUGCGGAUGAUGGCGGCCCAGGUGGACUAUGGGUACGAGUAUCUUGGGAAUCAGAACAGGCUGGUGGUCACGCCGCUGACAGACCGGUGCUACCGGACGCUGGUCGGGGCGUAUCAGCUGCACCUCGGCGGCAGCCCCGAGGGCCCCGCGGGCACGGGGAAGACGGAGACGACGAAGGAUCUGGCCAAGGUCGUGGCUCGGCACUGCUUGGUGUUCAACUGCAGCGACUCGCUCGACGUGCACGCCAUGGGCAAGUUCCUCAAGGGCCUCGCCGCGACGGGCGCGUGGGCGUGCUUCGACGAGUUCAACCGCAUCGACAUCGAGGUGCUCUCGGUGGCCGCGCAGCAGAUCAUGGCCAUCCAGAUGGCCGUCGCGGCCAAGCUCUUCUCCUUUGAGUUCGAGGGCAUCGACAUCAUCCUCCAGCCCUCGGUGUGGGUCGCCGUGACGAUGAACCCGUCGUACGCCGGCCGCAACGAGCUGCCGGAGAACCUCAAGGCCCGGUUCCGGACGGUCGCCAUGAUGGUUCCAGACUACAGCCUCAUUGCGGAGAUCAUGCUAUUCUCGGAGGGGUACACGCGGUCGCGGGAGUGCGCGACGAAGCUCGUGCAGUGCUACAAGCUGUGCUCCGAGCAGCUGUCGAGCCAGUUCCACUACGACUACGGCAUGCGCGCCGUCAUCGCCGUGCUGCGCGCGGCGGCCAGCCUGAAGCGCAAGCACCCGACUGUGGACGAGUACCGCCUCAUGCUCCGCGCCCUCAUCGACGUCAACCUCUGCAAGUUCGUCGCCGUCGACAUCCCGCUGUUCCAGGGCAUCGUCGCCGACCUGUUCCCGGACACCAGACCCAUCACCGCCAGCUACGGGCUGCUGAAGACCGCGCUCGUGCGCGCGUGCCAGAGCCUCGACUACCAGCCCUCGGAGGGCUUCUUGUUCAAGAUCAUUCAGCUCUACGAGCUCCUCCUCGUGCGCCACGGGCUGAUGCUGGUCGGGCAGCCCCUGACGGGCAAGUCCGCGGCGUACAAGGUGCUCGCCGAGGCCAUGACGAUCCUCGCGACGGAGCACGGCGAGCAGUGGGCCGACCAGCCGGUCACCACGCACGUCAUGAACCCCAAGGCGAUGGACAUGGGCCAGCUCUUCGGGAGGUUCGACCCCGUGUCACGCGAGUGGCAGGACGGCGUGCUGGCGAUGUGCUUCCGCAACGCCGCGCGCAGCGAGACCCCCGAGCGCCACUGGGUCGUCAUGGACGGCCCCGUCGACGCGCUGUGGAUCGAGAACAUGAACACCGUGCUCGACGACAACCAGAAGCUGUGCCUCAACUCGGGCGAGGUGAUCAAGAUGUCGCGCCAGAUGACCAUGGUCUUCGAGGUCGAGGACCUCUCCCACGCGUCCCCGGCCACCGUCUCGCGCUGCGGGAUGGUGUACUGCGCGCCCACGGGCCUCGGGUGGCGCCCGCUGGUGCUGUCGUGGGUGCAGCAGCUCGGCGACCAGAUCCACAUGCCGCAGACGUACCAGGUCAUGCUCCUCGGCCUCGUGAACAACUACGUUCCCACGGUGAUGCGCUUCGUGCUGCGCGAGGUGCAGCCCGCGGUGCCGUGCAGCGAGGCGUCGCUGGUCCAGACCUUUAUCCGACAGUACACGUCGAUGUGCCAGCACAUGGGGCAGCCCGGGUGGUUCCACAAGCGCGCGGAUCUCGCGCCGAGCAUGGUCCAGAACAUCUUCGUGAUGGCCUGCAUCUGGUCGUUCGGCGCGCUGUGCCACACCGACAACGAGCGCAACAAGUUCUCGCGCAUGCUCCUGUCGCUCUUCAACGACAAGUACCCCAAGGUCGUGGACCCCGACGGGGAGUACUACCGCGACGGCCUCGAGACGUCGAACCUGUCGUCUUGGAAGGACGUGUUGCAGCCGCCACAGAAGAAGCUGGACCAGGAGAUCGGAUUCGACCCGUCGGGCCCGCUGGGGUCGCAGGACCGCGCGUCGCUGGCGCGCACGUCGUCGGCGAUCAUGAACUCGCUGAGCGUGGACAACGUCGCCUCCGACCACCACGCGCGUGAGCCCGGGCUGUACCGCGACGCGGCGGGGUCGCGCUCGCUGAAGCAGCAGAACUCCCUGCAGCGCACCGCGAUCGAUGAGGGCGACGAGGGCGCCGAGAGCGACGAGGACGACUCCCCGUUGUCGCACCUCGCGUCGCUCGCCGCGUCGCAGAACCCCUCGCGGGCCAACUCGAGACGGGCGUCGAUCAAGGACCCGACGGCGAGCAUCGGGCGCGGCGGGCUGAUCACGCAGGCGUCGCUCCCGGCGGUGAACAAGCUGUCGGGCGUGGCAGGGAAGUUCGCGGAGGCCGGGAAGAAGAUUCGGAACAUGAACAAGUUUUCCACCCGGGUGAUCUCGCACGCGCAGCGGCUGUCGCACGCGCAGCAGAAGCACGGCUCGCAGAUGGCGGACGUCGAGGUGAUGAUGGCGGUCGAGGUGAUCAAGGAGGGCGGCCUCGAGGGGCAGGACAGCAGCGCCGUCGACAGCGCGUACCAGCAGUUCCUGUCCAUGCUGGACCAGGUCACGGCGCUGGGGUGCAAGCUCGACGCCGAGAUCAUGGACGCAACGGCCUCCACGGUGUUCGACUGGUGGUUCGACCCCACCAUCAACAACUGGAAGCAGUGGAAGUUCUCCAUGGACCCGCCGCCAGAGUCCACCGGCGGGCGGACGUUCCGCGAGAUCAUCAUCCCCACGGUGGAGCAGGCGCAGGUGGCGUACCUCAUGGGCCUCAGCGUCGAGGGCCAGUCGCCGCUGCUGCUGUCAGGACCGACUGGCGUUGGGAAGUCCAUCUACAUCAAGCAGUUCAUCAAGACGCUGCCCGCGGAGAGCUUCGUGCCGGCCGUGCACAUCAUGUUCUCUGCGCGCACGACCGCCGCGUCGACGCAGGCGGCGAUCGCCGCGAAGCUCGACCGUCGGCGGCGCGGCGUGUUCGGCCCGCCAAUUGGCAAGCGCGCUGUGGUGUUCGUGGACGACCUCUCGAUGCCCCGGCCCGAGGAGUUCGGCGCGCAGCCGCCCAUCGAGCUGCUGCGCAACGUCCUGGACCACAAGGGCUGGUACGGGCAGGACCACUCGUUCUGGUCGAUUGCUGACUGCGUGAUUGUGGGAGCCAUGGUCCCGCCGGGCGGAGCGCGGCACCGCAUGACGGGCCGCUUCCUGCGGCACUUCAACCUCGUCCUGAUGCCCGAGCACCAGCACGGGACCAUGAUGUCGAUCUUCGGGACCCUCCUGAACCUCCACAUCAGCAACGCAAUGGCGCCGGUGCGCGCCAUGGCGCGCACGACGAUCAACGCGACGUUGUCGGUGUUCCGGGCCGCGCAGCGCUUCCUCAUGCCGACGCCCGCGAAGUCGCACUACAUGUUCAACUCGCGCGACGUCGCGCGCGUCAUCGAGGGCCUGACCCUCGCCUCGGUCAACGAGCUCGUCGACACGGCCUGGUGCCGGCUCUGGUGCCACGAGGUGAUGCGCGUGUUCGGCGACCGGCUCGUCGCGGAGGAGGACGUCGCCUGGCUCAAGGACACGGUCGUCGAGGCCAUUUCGCGCGACUUUGCCAUGAAGCUCAACAUCGUCUUCCCCGAGGCGCCGCCGCGGAACGUCAUCGAGGCGCAGCUCCUGGCGAGCGAAGAGGAGUUCAGCGAGGUCAAGCUCCAGCGCGAGAUCCGCCGGUCGGAGCACGCUGCGCUCGAGAAAUGCACCUACGUCGGCUUCGUCGAGCUCGCCGAGGCCGAGGCCGGACAGGGCGUGGGCACCGAGCGGCGGAAGAAGUACGCCGAGCCCAGCGGGGGCUGGGCCGAGGUGUACGACGCCGUGCGGCAGGCCCUCGAGGACUACAACUCCACCCACGCGCGCGCCAAGCUCGACCUGUCGAUCUUCCACUACGCGACGGCGCACCUGGUGCGCAUCACGCGGUCGCUGCAGCUGCACGGCGAGAACAUGAUGCUCAUCGGCGUCGGCGGCAACGGGCGCCGCAGCCUCGCGCGCAUCGCCGCGUUCAUCUGCCACAUGCACUUCAUCGAGCCGGAGGGCGGGCGGGAGUACGGGAUCACGGACUGGUUCGACGACCUGAAGGAGGCGUGCGUGCUGGCGGGCGCCGUCGGGAAACCCGUCGUGCUCUUCGUUCCGGAGUCGAAGAUCCGCGAGGAGGUCUACAUCGAGCACAUUGCCUCGCUGAUGCACUCGGGCGAAGUGCCCAACGUCUUCUCGACCGAGGAGCGCUCGACCGUGCUCGAGCGCAUGCGCGAGAGCCUCCAGGAGGCCGCCGCGCGCGCCGCGGGCACCGCCGUCGGCACCUCGGGCUUCACGGAGCUCGUGGAGAUGGAGACGUACUCCACGUCGGAACUCUGGAGCAAGUUCGUGUCGCGCGUGAAGCGGUACCUCCACGUGGUGCUCAGCCUCAACACGAUCGAGGCGAGCUUCCGCGAGCGUCUGCGGCAGUUCCCGUCCCUGGUGAACUGUUCGAACAUCGACUGGUAUGGCGACUGGCCCGUGGAGGCGCUGCGGUCGGUCGCGAAGCACCGCCUGGAGACGCGGCUGCCGGCGGAGUUCCGGACCGCGAAGGUGCCCGUGCGGGAGCUCAUCGAGCGGCUCAACUCGCUGUACAUCGCGCGGGGCAGCCCGAAGAGGGCCGCGACGCCUACGGCAAAGGUGCCUCCUUCGACUCCGCCCGAGGGGGCUGCGAAGGACGCCGCGGGCGACGCUGGGGCGGAGCCGGCUGCCGAGGCCGAGCUCGAGGCGUCCAGCGACGCCGAAGGCGACGAGGUCGCGGAGGCUCCGGCGCCCGCGGAGUUGGACGCGGACGCGGGGGGUGUCGGGGAAGAGGAGGGCCGCGUGUCGCCGCCGAGGACGAAGAAGGUGGACGUGAGCGCGGCGGUGGUGGAGGUUGUCACGCAGAUGCACACGUACAUGCACGAGAAGGCCUCUGCGCUGCGCUACGAGACGGGCCGCUGGACGUACGUCAUGCCGAGGCACUUCAUCAACCUGCUGGACGCGUUCGGCGCGCUGCUGCUCAAGCGCAAAGAAGAGCUCUCCACGCAGCGGCAGCGCUACACCAGCGGCCUGCAGCACCUCGAGGACGCCAAGGGCGCGGUGAUUUCCAUGCACGGCGAGCUGAGCAAGCUGAAGCCGAAGCUGGAGCGGGCGACGCAGGAGGUGGCGGCGAUCAUGGAGAAGCUCGAGGAGGACCGGAAGAAGGUGGAGGAGAACCACGCGAUGGUCGACAAGGAGGUGGACCGCGCCAACGACAUGGCGCGCGCGGCGGAGGACAUCCGCGCGGAGUGCGAGGAGCGCCUCGCGGAGGCGAUGCCGGCGAUGGAGGCGGCGAUCGCGGCGCUCAACACGAUCAAGCCCGCGGACAUGCGCGUGGUGCAGACGUUUAAGAACCCGCCGAUGCCCAUCAAGCUGGUGCUGGAGGCCGUGCUGGUGCUGCUGGACGUGCCGCCGAUCGUGGUGCCGGACCCGACCGAGUACGGCAAGAAGAUCGUCGACUACUGGACGCCGAGCCUCCGGAUGCUGCAGGACGUGCACCUGAUCGACAAGUUGAAGAACUACGACAAGGACAACAUUCGGAAGGACAUCAUGCAGCGCAUCACGCGGGACUACGUCGCGCUGGAGGACUUCAACCCGGACCGGUGCGCGCGCGCGUCGUCCGCCGUCGAGGGCAUCUGCAAGUGGGUCAUCGCGCUCGAGGUGUACGACCGCAUCGCAAAGGAGGUUGCGCCGCGCCGGGCCGCGCUGAAGGAGGCCGAGGCGGUGUACCAGUCGAAGAUGGAGGUCGUGAACGAGAAGCAGGCGGAGCUGCAGGUCCUCCUGGACGAGAUGAACCGCCUGGAGGCGCGGGCGAAGGAGAUGCAGAUGAAGAGGGACACGCUGGAGCAGGACAUCGCGGACGCGGAGCGGAAGCUGGACCGGGCGGAGCGCUUGAUCACGGGGCUCGCGAGCGAGCAGGAGCGCUGGAAGCGCGAGGCGGACCUGAUCGGGGACCGCCGGAGCUGCAUCGUCGGCGACAUGCUGCUGGCAGCGUCGACGCUGACGUACCUCGGGCCGUACGCGCUGCAGACGCGCAGGGACACGACGCUGCGCUGGCGCGAGGUCAUGCUCAACGAGAACCUGACGCAGUCGAGCGUGCGCGCGUCGCUGUCGUCGAUCCUCGGCGACCCCGUGCGCGUCCUGGAGUGGCAUCUCGCGGGGCUUCCGCGCGACCCGCUGUCGGUCGACAACGCGCUGCUGGUGACGAACGCGCACCGCUGGCCGCUUCUGAUCGACCCCGUGCGGCAGGCCGCGAACUGGAUUCGGAAGAUGGAGCGUCCGCACAACCUCCAGGUGGUGCGGCACGGCUCGCGCGACAUGAUGAUCAAGAUGGAGAACGCGGCGCAGUUCGGGCUGCCCGUCAUGGUCCAGCACGUCGGCGAGUCGCUCGACCCGGCGCUCACCCCGAUCCUCAACGUGGCGCGCCUGUCGCCGGACAACGCGGUGCAGCUGCUGCGCAUCGGCGGCGCGACGAUCGAGCUGAACGCCGGGUUCCGCCUCUACCUCGUGACGGAGCUGAAGAACCCGCACUUCCCGCCGCGCGUGCACGCGGAGACGACGGUGAUCAACUUCGCCAUCACCGAGCAGGCACUGGCCGACCAAAUGACGACCGUCGUGCUCCGCGAGGAGCUCCCGCAGCUGGAGACGCAGCGCAACCAGCUGGUCAUCCAGUCCGCGGAGCACCGGCGGCAGCUGCGCGACAUCGAGGACAACAUCCUGCGCGUGGUCGGCGACGCCGAGGGCAGCAUUCUCGAGGACGAGGCGGCGAUCACCGCGGUGCAGGAGUCCAAGUCGCUCGCGGAGAAGAUCCUGGAGCAGCAGGCGGAGACGGAGGCGACGCAGGAGCAGCUCGAGGACGCGGCGCAGGUCUACACGGGCGUCGGCAACUUUGCCGCCAUGCUGUUCUUCUGCAUCCAGGAGCUCAGCACGCUCGAUCCGAUGUACGAGUACUCGCUGGACUGGUUCUCCGCGCUCUUCGUGUCGUCGAUCACCGAGGCGCGCGCGGGCGUCGCGGAGGGCGCCACGACGGACGAGCGGCUGGGCGCCAUCAAGAGCACUUUUUUGCUCAGCCUCUACCAGAAGACGUGCAUCUCGCUGUUCGCGCGGGACACGCUGAUGCUGGCCUUCCUCAUGUCGCGGCGCAUCCUCGAGAGCCGGAAGGAGCUGACGAAGAAGCAGAUGCAGUUCCUGCUCGUCGGGAGCGAGGGCAUGGCAUCAGCCUACCGCCAGGCGCUGACCGACCACCCGCUGUCGCGCGCGCGGCCGAAGGACGAGGGCGCGGAGUGGGUCACGCCCGCGGUGUGGAGCACGGUGCUGCGCCUGUCUUUGAUCAGCCCGGGCCUGAAGGACCUCCCGCAGGCCAUCAUCGACCACCCGGGGGAGUGGGACGAGGCGCUGCAUCAGUCCCCCAAGUUCGACCGGAAGGUCCUCCCGGGGGUGUUCGGCAUGAAGCUCAAGGCCGCGGACGUCGUCCUGCUCGCGCGCGGGCUGUGCAAGGACAAGCUCCUGCAGACGGUGCGGCAGCUCGUGCUCGAGACGCUGGGGCCCGACUUCGUGGAGACGCCCCCCGUGGACCUGCGGCAGCUGUACGCGGACAGCGCGCCGGACAUUCCGAUGGUGUUCAUCCUCGCGCCGGGCCUGGACGCCGCGAGCGAGGUGUACGAGCUGGCGAACCGCGUGGGCAUGCGGUCGCGCGUGGUCACGGUGAGCCUCGGGCAGGGGCAGGGCGAGAAGGCGGAGGCGGCGAUCCGGAGCGCGCAGGCGGACGGCGGGUGGGUCCUGCUGGCGAACUGCCACCUCGCGACGUCCUGGAUGCCGCGCAUGGAGCAGAUCGUGCAGGGCAUCGACACGGAGUCCUGCAACUCGCAGUUCCGCCUCAUCAUGACGUCGAUGCCCUCGCGCGGCUUCCCGCUGUCGGUCCUGCGCCGGUCGAUCAAGAUCUGCAACGAGCCGCCGCAGGGCAUGAAGGCCAACCUCCAGCGCUGCCUGUCGCUGGACCCGAUUGUGGACGAGGCGUGGUACCAGGAGUGCGCGCACCCGCGCGCGGUGAUGAAGCUCGUGCACGUCCUCGGCGUCCUGCACGCCGUCGUGCAGGAGCGGUCGCAGUACGGCCCCCUGGGCUGGAACCAGCCGUACAAGUUCAGCGACAGCGACCUGCGCAUAUCCGCGGACCAGGCGCGGCAGUUCGCCGGCGACGCGGCGACCGUGCCGUGGGUGACGCUGCGGUACAUGGUCGGCGAGCUCAACUACGGCGGGCGCGUGACGGACGAGAACGACCGCCGCCUGCUCAGCACGCUGGUGGCGUCCAUCAUGCAGCAGGACAUCGUCGACAAGCCCGGGACUCCGUACCUCUGGUCCGAGUCGCCGAUCACGCUCCCCGCCGCGGACAAGCCCGAGGAGUACCGCGCGGCCGUCGAGGCCCUGCGCGUCGACAUCUCGCCAGAAGCCAUCGGGCUGCAUUCGAACGCGGAGAUGGCGCGCGACCUGCUCCAGGCCGACGCGAUGAUCGCGAGCCUGGUCGACAUCACGGUCGGCGCGGCCACGACGGUGUCGCUCGCGCAGCACCAGGAGCUGGAGCAGCAGGUGUAUGUGCAAAUCAAGGACAUUCUGGCGUCGCUCCCGCGGCCGUUCGACAUCGAGAAGCUCCGCGCGCAGUUCCCCGUGGACUACAAGGAGUCGAUGAACCAGACGCUCGUCCAGGAGGCCGAGCGGUACAACGCGCUGCUUGCCGUGGUGGAGUCCUCCCUGACGUCGCUGAGGCUGGCGAUCGAGGGGGUGCAGAUCAUGAGCGAGGGCCUCGAGGAGAUGCUGCAGCACAUGUCGCUGGGCAAGGUGCCCUCGCAGUGGCUCCGGAGCUCGUAUCCCUCGCAGCAGCCCCUUGGCAGCUACGUGAAGGACCUCUUGCAGCGGCUCGAGAUGCUGCGGACGUGGACGACGCAGGGGCAGCCGAAGAUCUUCUGGCUCCCCGGGUUCUUCUUCACGCACGCGUUCCUCACCGCGCUCCUCCAGAACUACGCCCGCCGCCUCGCGAUCCCCAUCGACGAGGUGGCCUUCGACUUCCAGUGCCUGAUGCUCUUCUCGGACCCCGCGGCGCGGCAGAUCACCUCCCCGCAGGACGGCGCGUACAUCCACGGGCUGUUCCUCGAGGGCGCCGCGUGGAGCGUCGACAUGCAUCUCACAGAGCAGCGCCCCAAGAAGCUCCUGUGCGACGCGCCGAUCAUUUGGUUCCGCCCGUGCCGCCCCGAGGACCGGCGGAAGUACCAGCACUACGACUGCCCCGUGUACCGGACGCAGGAGCGCCGCGGGAGCCUCGCGACCACGGGGCACUCGACCAACUUCCUGCUGAGCGUGCGGCUGCCGACGACGGUCGACCCGCACCACUGGGUGCUGCGCGGGGCGUGCAUGAUCUGCACGCCCUCCACGUAG